UAAUUAGAGCACACUUAUCUUUGGUCCACAGAAGGUCACGCGCAUGCGUAUUAUAAUUCUCUUCCAACGUGGUCCUCUUCUUGCAGUGUAGGGUAGUGAAAGAAUCCAUCUUUUACUGGGGGAAUCAAGCGCCAGCAACAUGCCGUUCAUCAAAGUAAUCAAGAACAAGGCGUACUUCAAGCGCUACCAGGUCAAGUUCAAGAGACGCAGAGAGGGUAAGACUGAUUAUCGUGCACGAAAACGUCUUGUGGUCCAAGAUAAGAAUAAGUACAACACUCCCAAGUAUCGUCUAGUAGUCCGCUUCACCAACACUGACGUCAUCUGUCAGAUCAUUUAUGCCAAGAUUGAGGGAGACAAGGUCUUGGUGAGCGCAUACGGACAUGAGUUGCCUCGCUAUGGAGUCAAAGUAGGGCUCACUAACUAUGCUGCUGCUUACUGCACUGGACUGCUCUUAGCAAGAAGGCUUCUCUCCAACCUUGGUCUGGCUGACAAGUACGAAGGUCAGACUGACGUGAACGGAGAGGACUACAAUGUGGAGGCUAUGGGUGAUGGACCACACCCCUUCAGAGCCUUCCUUGACGUUGGACUAACUCGUACCACGACUGGGAACCGUGUGUUUGCAGCCAUGAAGGGAGCGGUGGACGGUGGCAUCGAUGUGCCUCACAGUGCAAGUCGCUUCAUUGGCUACGACUCAGAAAGCAAAGAGUUGGAGGCUGACAAACUCAGACAGUACAUCUUUGGUGGUCAUGUAGCUGACUACAUGCGCUAUCUUCAGGAAGAAGAUGAGGAGAAAUUCAAAGCUCACUUCUCGCGUUUCGUCAAGGAGGGGGUGACUGCAGACUCUAUGGAGCAAAUGUAUCGUGAUGCUCAUGCCAAGAUCAGAGCUGAUCCAUCGCAAGAAAAGAAACAACCUCGCAAAGGCAUCGUCGUAAAGAGGUGGAACCGCUCCAAAUUGUCACUCAAACAGAAGAGAGAUCGUGUCAAGCAAAAGAAGGCAGCGUAUCUCAAGUCCUUGGAAACGUAGACUGUUUAGAAUGUUGUGUGCAUGUGGUUGCUUUUAUCAUGAUUGUGAAUGUAAAAUUGAAGUAUUGGGAAUGGUCGUUUCACUGACAAA